CUGAGAAUGGGGGAGUUGGAGGUGGGAGGCGGGGGGAGAGUUUGCUGGGGAAAUUGCUGAGGCCUGCAGUGCAGGAGAAGAGCCCAGAACUGGGACAAAGGUCGGCGAGGUAGACGACUGACUUCAUCCCAAACGACCACCGAACGGGGAGGAAGAGGUCGAGCCUUCAUCCAAUGGAAGCUACUGCGCGUGCCCCGGGGAGGGGGGACAGUAUGUAAAUGAAUUCCCGGGAAAGUACUGAAUAUGUCAGUGGGUCUUGGGUAAUACUACCAAACAGGUAUGGCCUGGCUAAGGAAUGGAUCGAGACCCCACGCUGUGGUGUGCAAGCUCGGAGGAGCCAUCCCCCUGGCACCCGGCGUGUGGCGCAGCGCUGAGAUAAAACCUAUCUGCUCUUCUAACCUUACGUGGGCUAGAGAGUUUGAUUCCGCACAUCAGGGGCACCCCGCUGAUGGCAGCGGUCCUGCCUGGGCGGUGGGCUGACUCCUUGGGACAGCCGAUCAGAAACCGAGACUGUUACACAAGGACGGGCUCUGUGAAAGCCAAGGGGCAGGCAGGCACGGGUGUUGGCCGUUGCGACCCGGUACCUUCGUGCACGGACCGAGGUCAGGGAAUACCGAUCAUAAUAAAAGUCAGUUAACCUGGACAGCGUUUGCCAGGGUUGUGAGAGCAGCCCGAUGAUUUCUGAGAACCGGUCAGCUUGUGAGCCUGAGAUUUGGGUUCCUCUAUGCCAUGGUGGAACUUUACUGCAGUACGUGGAUGCCACAGUAACAAAGGAGGACGGUGUGCAAUGGACUGAGUUUGCUGAAUUUCUUGAUUUAAAUGGCUAUCGAGUUUCUCAACAGAAAGCACCACUGAUCCAAGAGAGGGAAGCAAUUUGCUGAACACCCAGAACACCAACAGAGGGCUGCCUCCAAGCCAGCAGCGUGCGACUGCACGGAGACUCUGUGCCAGCUGGUCAGAGCUACAGGAGGAACCGUUGGGCGACGCUGAGGAUUCCCGGGUUCAUGGGCGGAAGCAGUUUUGUGAGACAAGGAAACUGUAAGGCAGCACAUGCAGUAACUGCUGCUGACAAGGUACAUGACACCAAGCCAUUACCUGUGGGGGCUUCCACUCAGAAGGCUGAAAUAACUGCCUUGACAAGAACCUUCACUCUGUGGACAGGUGCUAAAAGUGCUUUUGGGGUAUGGACUCCGCACCAGAUACCCCAGGGAGACCAGUUCAACCCAGAGAGCCCUCAAGUGCCUUGCGCCGUCCUGACAUCUUCCUCAAGCCUUCAGAACCUGUACAGAUAACUGGAGAGCUAUCAGGAGUGCACUUAAAGAGGAAGAGCCCAAAGUACAUUUAACGAGUCUGUUUAUUUAUGGAUGUUUUCUCCGCUAUUGAAGGCAAAUUCAGGCAGCACGCUGCAGUCAGCAUUCAUCCAAGGCGUCUCCUAAUGAGGUUUGCUCUUCCACUGUGUGGACAAACUUCCUUAUGGACAUUACAUAACAUCUUUCACACCUACAGCCUCAAAACAAAGAAACAAACAAAUAAAACAACAAAAACCCCCAUCUAUUUUGACUUGCACACUGCCAGGUACCCCCCAGACUGCCCCUGUACAGAUUAGCCAUGAUGUCCCUCAGUCUCUGCACUGGAUGCUCCAUACUAGGUUAUGAUAACUCUCUUUUGUUGAAAUCUCUUCUUUGAUGGUGAUCACCACAGGAUUUUCCAUGCCCCCUAAACGUCUGCUCUCUUCCCAUCAGCAAUAGACCGUGAGGUCAAACACUGGACAAACAGAGAUCUCUGCUGGCUGAGCGUAAACUUCCAACUAAUUAAUGAGCUUCUGACCCUCACUCCACACUUGGUCCUUGUUUCUGGGUAUCUGCCUGUCCUCCCUUGCAUAGAGAUGAGCUCGGAAGGAGGACAGAGGGGAGCAUCUCCAUGCCUGCCUGUCACACCCCAACCUUCUCCCGGAGUCAGACAGUCCGGCCUCGUGUAGAGGCCCUGGCUUCUUUGACGCUUGUUCAAUCUGUUUUCUUCUGCUGGCAGCUGCUUAUCCUAACAGAACAACCCUACAAGAUGUUUGCUAAUCCCUACCACGAUUCCCACAUUGCUUGGAACGUUUAACAGCUAUUGCAGGAUUGCAGGAAAGACUUAGUCCCAUAAUUCAGCAAUUAUGUUUCUAAAACACGCAAAACUGAGCUACUUCCUGACAACAGGUCAUCAACGUUCCGGGCAGGGCACUUUGGAACAGUGCUCGUUUCCGUAUCGCCUGCUUGAAGAUCAACGCAGGCAACGGCCACUGAAGGAGAGCGAGUCCUAGCCCACUGGGAGCAAAGGAGAGAAGAGAGAGAAAGCAGAGAGGGGUCAGCACUCCCAGCCGGGCCGGGCAGCCGCUGCCGGUGCCCGCGUCACAAUGGGCAGCGGCCAGCACCGGCCACGCUGUCAUCGCGUCGCCGUGGCGACGUUUGUGACACGGGCACCCGGAGGGGUAUAAAAGGCGGAGCGCGGCGCUGGGUCCCGCAUCCUGAAGGAGCAUCUGGCAGAGAGCAGACGCAUCUGAAGGAUGAGCUCCGGCAUGGCUGGCGCCAACGAGGAGCGACCCGCCGGCACCAGGCGGAACGGCAGGAGCGAGGUCGGCCCCGCAGCGGGGCGCGCCUCCAGUCCGACAUGCAGCGACACCAAAGGUACGCGGGGCCACGGCCGGCACAGGAGCGGUGCUGCAGCCACCCCUGGCACGGAGGCGACCCUUUCCAUCUGCCGCCUCGCUCCCGCCUGGCAGCGGUGGCGGUGCCGGGAAGCGGCAGAUGCAGAGUGUGACCUGCUUUUCCUUUGCCCUCCAGAGCGAGUCGCCGUCUGGGAAGCGGUGGCCGCCUACGUACGGGAGCAGCUCCUGGUGCAGAAGGGGGUCUGGAUUCCCACCUUCGGCACCUUUGACACCGUCCCCAAAGACGUCCGGACUGAGGAAGGGACCGUGACUCUGCAGUGGCCCGUGUUUAACCUGGCUUCAAACCUCACAGCCACGCACCACCUCAAGCCCCACAAGGAGUCCCUGCCAGUCCUUAGGAAGGUGGAGCCCAUGAAAUACAGCAAGGCGGCCGCAGCUGCCUCUCUGAACUGGGAGACACUCAGGACAGGCAUCCAAAGCACCAUGUCCCUGGUCGCCGGCUGCCUGCAGAAUGGGGAGAACGUUGCCAUUGUCCUAAAGGACGUCGGCGUGCUCCACAUUGACGGACUCACCUUUGAAAUGAAGUACUUCUUUGACUUCCUGGAGAAGCUGUCAGGGAAAAAGAAAUUCAGAAGAGCUGCUCACAGGGCCCCCUGGCUGCUGGACGUGGUGGUGUCCCGGGCGGCACCGGUGGCCUCCCUGGCGCUCUCCGGCUGCGUUGUGGUCUUUCCCAUGUUUCAAAUGGAGUUUGUACCCAAACCACCACCCGCAAUACACCGCAAGUCCUCAGGAAGCCUCUCUAGUUGGGGGACACCAAAGAAAGAAGGCACUUUGCCACCUCUGGACCAGGGCAAGAAAGUGAGAUUUACUGGCCGUCCAUCCUUCAUCAAACGGUUGAGCUCAGACAGCAUUGAUGGAGGAGAAUUCAGACGGAUCAGGAGCUUACUGCGGAAGGAGAGCUCCAGGUUCAGUCUGCUGCCAGCGAUCCGGACGGUGCCUGAAGCCCAAGAGCAGCCGGUGACCUGCCAGCUGCAGGGGAAGGCAGGCACAUCAAGCCAACAAGACCUGCCCCGAGCACCGGGAACCAAACGUGUCAGCUUCCUUGUUGAGCAACAGGGGGCUGAAAAAGACCAGCAUGAGGGUGCGGCGCAAACACUGCAGGCAGCCAAGGCCACACCCCAUCACAUGUCCUUGAGGCCAAGACCGCCUUCCAGAAGAGGUUCCGAAUCUUCCUCAAGGGCUCACUCUGCGCAGCCUCAAGGCAGACCAUCCAGGCUCCCUCGGGCACGCGACUCCGUGAGACUCCUCAGGAAGAGGGCAAGGAAGAUCAUGCGAGUGCAGAAAGCGCUCAAGGAGAUGACACCAUCACCACUGCGUGGUGAGUCCAGCCUGCCUGAGGAGUCUGGCAUCAAGCGACCUGGAUUGCUGCCACCCAUCAAAGAAGAAACGGGCUCUCGCGAGUGUCAGCCUCCGAGCAGCCCAACCCCACGCCGCAGGAAGGACACACCCUACCCACACUGGUUCAGGCCUGGGGUGCACACGACAGACAGACUGGAGGCUGCAAGACAGAGGCAUGAAUCCCAUCGGCAUCACCGCUCAUAGUAAACCAGGCUGCCCAGGGCCCCAUCCAACCUGGCCUUGAACACCUCCAGGGACGGGGCAUCCACCACCGCUCUGGGCAUCCGGUUCCACCAUCUCACCACUCUCUCUGUAAACAACAGUCCAACCUGACAUCCCAUCUUCAACUCAACACCACUUCCCCUUGGCCUGACCUUAGCUACACCAUCAAAGAGUUGACUCCCCUCCUGUUUGGAGGCUCCCUUCAUGGACUGGAAGGCUGCAAUGAGGUCACCGCGCAGCCUUCCCUUCUCCAGGCCAAACAAGGAGAUCUAGAGUGAAGUGUAGAGGGGCAAAACCAUCAAUAAAGCCUCCUCCUUUAAACAUCUCCAGAAUGCCUGUGACAGUGUCAUUGCGUCUUUUUAUGCCGGCU